CAGAUUUUUUAAUCCAUUGUGUACGGUUUUUGUGCGCCGAUUGUUAUCAAUAACUGCGGUUACGCCAUCAACAACAACAGCAUCAGUAACAGCAACAGCAACGUUAAGUCGACGUAACCACCAGCAACAACAACAACAACAUCAUUUCAAUUGUGUGUAUGCGUUGGCCGCUUUUCCGCUGGACAAUGCAAACGAGCAAACUAUGAGCUAACCCGCAAUCAGCCACAAUCCAAAAUACGAGUACCAAAGAACGGCGAAAAAAAAAUUAUACGAAGCAAAUCAUUUGUGCAAACAAACGAGCACACACAAGCACGUACUCGAGCCUAAUCCUGGGCGUUUGAGCAGAAAGCCGACAAAGAAUAAACAACUCCGCCUAAAAAAUACUAUAUACACACACACACACACAUAAACAAGUAAAGUGCAAUUUUAUGUAACGCACGCCCAAAUCCACACACAACGACCAAGGUCUCGUCGGCUAAGGCGCUUUAUUGAAAUAAUCCUGCGGCUGACGAGUGGGCGGCGAAAAAGAGCAACGGCUGGAUAAGUUGAAAUUCCAGAAAUAAAUCCAUCAGUGGCGUUGGUAUUUCGUAAGCACGACAGUGGCAGUAGCUACACAGCUGCGUCACACAACCACCCAUCCACUUGUGACGCGCAUACUUCGCAUUCCGACAAUUCCUUUUUUCAUCAGCACCGGUUUUUCUAUUAAAUUUCCAUCAUUGCGUUUUUAUAUUUUACGCCGACGUGCCCUGAGCACAAUCACCACCUUCCACAGCAUCUGCAUUCGCAACAGCACCACCAGCAGCAGCAGCAGCAGCAACAUCAGCAGUUGUCGGCUCAUCUACACGCCGCUGCCGCCGCCGCCGCCGCCGCCACCGCUUCUCAUCCGCUGCUAAAGCAAACGCCAUCGAAGGUUGUACUUCUGCCAUCGCCUGCGACACAUCUCUACUCGCCGCACUCACACAUCCACUCUCCGCAUAGCGCACAUUGCGAUACCGAGUCACCGUCAUACGCUUCCAAAAUAACCGCCAUCACGGCUAACAACAGCGUAAGCAGCAGUGCGGCCAGCAGCCCCAACAGCUUCUAUAAGCAUACGGCGUCACAUUUUCUCAAUAUCGCCGACACAAUGAAGAUGUCAAAGUUGUCCAAUCAGACGAACUCGCAGGAUCCGCAGGCGGUGAAUUCGCGCAUUUUUGUGGGCAAUUUGAAUACGUUCCAGUGUUCGAAGACAGAUGUGGAACGCAUGUUUCAGGACUACUUCUAUGACAGCUACUGCUCGUCGGCGCUGCUUCGUUCAUCUGGCGUCCGUCCGAAAAAGCGUAAACGCCUAAUGACAACCACAUCGCGAAUGCUCAGCGAUGCAGUGAAUAGCAGCAACAUAAAUGCUGCUGUCGCUGCGGCCGCACUGGCCCAACAACACCAGCAGUUGCAUCAACAGCAACAACAACAGCAGCAGCAGCAAACCUCCCACUUGUUGCCCCAUCCGCACCACCAUCAGCAGCAAGUGCAACAGCAACACCAACACCAACAUCAACAACAACAACAACAACAGCAUCAACAACAAGUGGCCGCUGUAGCCAUGGCCGCUAUGACAGCCAAUUUGUUGCCACAGCAACAAUUGUUGCUACAUCAGCACCAGCAUAGCUUGUUGGGCAAUGCUAAUAGUGCGGCAGCAGCCGCCGCCGCAGCUGCUGCAGCAGCGGCCACAUGCAAUGGCGUUACAGGGGGUGGUGGUGGUGGUGGUGGCGCCGCCUCUGCCAAUGCGGCUCAGCACAAUCUCAACGUGUUCUUGCAACAACAGCAGCAAAUUAAGCAGCAACAGCAACAGGCGGCGGCAGCGGUCAGUCAGUACACAUUGUCGGCCGCAGCGGCGGCAGGUGGUUUGCAAUUGAAAUCGUCGUCCGUGCAAAAUGCUACGUCGGCAAUAAUUGCUGCCGCUAAUCAAACAUCACUGCUGAAUGGUGGUGGCGCCACGGCUGGUGCUGGCGGUGUGGGUAACGAGCAAAUGUCAACAACAGCCACCAGCUAUGGCAGCUUGGUAAAUGGUCACAGUCAGCAGCAUCAACAACAACAAUCACAGUAUGUUGGUGGUGGUGGUGGUGGUGGCUUGCAGCCGUUAACGUUGUCACUGAACAGCAUGCAUCAGUCACCACAGCAGCAGCAGCAACAACAACAGCAUAAGUCAUCAGUGCUGUUGCAAAAGCAAACACAGCAGCAGCAGCAAAACCAUCAGCAACAACAACAGCAGCUGCAGCAGCAACAAGAGCAAUUAACUACGAAUCAACAGUGGGGACCGUUCAAAGUUUACAGCAAUCCGGACACAUUAAUUUGCGGCAAUUGUCGGGAAUGUUUCAACGAACUGGCUGAGUUAUUAGACCACAAACGGAGUUAUUGCAAGUUGCGUUUCACUUGCAAGUGCCAGGAUCUUGCAUUCGCUGCAAAAACACCGCCAAUGAGCGCCAAACUGUUAUGUGCGGUUUGCAAGGACGCCUUUACCAAUCCCUGGGAUCUGAUGGUGCACGCUCAGGCCGCACACAUGGUCAACAUUUACGAAUUGGGCAAUGAGGCUAAUAACAAUUACAGCAACAAUACCGAUUGUGCUGUUGUUGCUGAUGUCGCCAAUAUUUCAACAAGCAGUAGCAGCAGCAACAACAACAACAACGACAAUGCAACAGUAUUCACCACUGCCACGAGCGCUCAAGCCAACUACAACAACAGCAGCGGCAGCAACAACAACAACAACAAACCCAACACUAUGGCCAACGCUAAUUUGGCCAACAGUGUACAAUUUCCGUCAUCGCCUUCACAGUUUAAGAUCGAGUUAAAUAAUAACAACAACAAUAGUAAUAACAAGAAUAUAGCCACAUGUAACAGUAGCAGCAACAAUCACACCAACAACAAUAACAUAACUAGUGGCCAUGAAAUACAAAUGUCGCCAACAAGCGAAACAUUGGCCACGAAACAAGCACCAACAUUGGUAGCUGGCAAAUUAGAAAACAACAACAUCGACAUAGUAACAACCAUCGGCUCGACCGCUGCUGCUGCUGGUAAUAAUGGUUUCAACGCCAGCAACGGACAUGUCACCGCCGAUGCUGAUCAUUGCAUGGAUGGCAAAUUUGGCAUUUGUAAUAGUCCGAAUUCCGCAAUUGCCAAAGAAGAGGCUGAUUCCCCCAUGGAUGGCCAUAUUUCGAUCUUGCCGCAUAGUGCUCAUCAUCAUACAGAGGAUGUAAAAAUGUUAAAUGGUUCACUUUCAUCGCGGGGUAGUUCACCAGCAUUGGAGCAUGAGGAUCAGGAGGACCAACAGCAACAGCAGCAGGAGCAAAACUCACAACCCGCCUGCAUUGUGCGCACGCUGAGUAUUGAAGCAGCUACCGCCUCGGGCACAACAACCAGCUUGAUGACCAGCACAUUGGCUUUAAGCCUUACAAAUGGCGUUGCCAAUGCAGCAGCUGCACUGGCACCACAAUAGAGCGUCGCCAACAACAAAUGGUUAAAUACAAAAAAAAAAUAUAUAUAUAAAUAAAAAAAGCAGCAGCGUGUGACUUAUGAUAUACAAAUACAAACAAAAGUCAAAUUAAAACGAAUGAUGUAUGGAGGCGUGUGGGUGUACGUGGCGUAUGAGCAACAGCGGGUAUGUAUGUAAGCAUACCAGUGCUAGCUAUCAGCUGCAAGUAUGUAUGCAUAUAGUAUUUACAUAUAGUACAUAUAUGUACACAAGAGGCGUAUUAUAUAUAUACAAAUGCAAAUUUGUUAUUAAAUGAAACAUUAAAAGUAAACUUAAUUCUGAGUUUUUCGU